AUGAAAGGCGAAAAAGCUCCUGACGUGUCAGAGGCCUCAUCAUCAGUGGGAGAGUAUAAAAGGACCAGUAAGUGUCUAGGUCCAUGGUGCGCAAACAUCCACAGCCCUGCAACCAUGGGAAAGAUAAUCUUUUACGAAGGCCGCAACUUCCAGGGACGCCACUGGGAGUGCAGCAGCGACUGCAUGGACACCUUCAAGCACUUCAACUGCUGCAACUCCAUCCGUGUCAGCGGGGGUCACUGGGUGGCCUAUGAGAAGCCUUACUACAUGGGCUACCAGUACAUCCUGGGCCCCGGCGAGUACCCCGACUACCACUGCUGGAUGGGCUUCAACAACUGCGUCCGCUCCUGCCAGAUGUUCCCCCCCUACAGAGGAUCCUACAGGAUGAGGAUCUACAACAGGCCUGAUCUGAUGGGACACACGAUGGAGUUCAUGGACGACUGCCCGAACCUGUCCGAGCGUUUCCGCUUCCGUGACAUCUACUCCUGCAACAUCUUGGAGGGAUACUGGAUUUUCUACGAGCACCCCAACUACAGGGGACGCCAGUAUUUCCUGCGCCCUGGAGAGUACAGGGCCUGUGGCGACUGGGGCUGCCACAACCCCAUGGUGGGCUCACUCAGGAGAAUGAGGACUCUCAUGUAA